CGCAUCUAUACCCACUACCGACGCACACUCCCAAGUCCAGAACAACAUGGCUCAGUCAGAAUCCACCAUCAACGUCCUCCUGGCGACUUUCGCCGGUCUUGGACUCCCUCGCACGCUGUCUCUACCCACCAAGGCCUCAACUCCAAUCAGCGACAUCUACAGCACGAUCCAGUCGCGAUUACCACCCUCCGCAGGAGAAGACCUACUCAUCACAACCGUCUCAAACAAGCAACUCCUCCCACACAAUGACUCUCCGAUCACCACCCUCCUCAGCUCUCCAGACGAUACUCUUCUCUCCCUGCGCCUGUCGCGAAGACUAUGUGGUGGCAAAGGCGGUUUCGGCUCCCAACUCCGCGCCGCAGGCGGUCGCAUGAGCAGUCGCAAGAACCGAAACAGCAAUGUGAAUCCAAAUGCCUCGAAUCGCAACCUCGAUGGCAGGAGGUUGAGGACUGUGGACGAGGCGAAGAGGCUGGCAGAAUAUCUUGCCAUCAAGCCGGAAAUGGAGAAGAAGGAAAAGGAAGAGAGGAAGAAGCGCUGGCAGGAAGUUGUGGAUGCUGCGGAGAGGAGGGAAGAGGAGAUUAAGAGUGGCAAGGGCGGUGCGGCGAGAGGGAGACUGGAUGCGGAGUGGGUUGAGGGCAAGGAGGAUGCGGAGAAUAAGACGAGGGAGGCUGUUAUCAGGGCUAUGAAGGAGGGCUUGUUGGAGGAGAGGACGGGGAGUGAGAGUAGUGCCAAGGCGGAUGAGAGUGAGGAUGAGGAUGUUGAGGAGAGCUCUGACUCUAGUGAGGGCGUCAAAGCGGAAGCGUCGAAUGGUGGAGGUGGCAGAAGCUUUUACGGCUGGGACGAGGACGAAGACGAGAGUUCCGAGGACGACGAAGAGCCUGCGCCGGCCUACGAAGUCAAAGGAAAAGGCAAAGCGACAGCGUGACGUUACUUUCAUUGAGCGUUUAUGAAGCUUUGCUCUGCUCUUCUAGCCUAGAAGAGGCCGAAGAACCAGCCCUUGCGGGAGGUCUUCUCGCCGGUGAAAUUCUUCUCGUUGGCCUUGUAGACGGCCUCGGCGUACUUCUUCAGCGAAGCCUCGCAGAUCUCCUUGGCGGCCUGGCUGUAUGGAGAGUGGCCGGCCAAGCAGCCUUUCGCCAGUGAAAGUCGAGUCAGUAUUGUUCUCAAACAGCAAGAUUACCUUUUCUUCACCCCGGUCUCCUCCCCUUUCUCCG